AUGCGUCGUGCGGAAGUAGUGAUAAUAAUGGCUCUUCUCAGUAUAGCAGCUUUCUUCGCCUUUUCCUUCUCAGAUUACACAACAACCAAACUCCCAGAGUCUAUCGCGAGAGAUGGGGAACUGCAUAUAAACAAAUAUUUUCACGAAUGGAACCAAUGCAUGGAAAACAACAUAUCCGCAUACCGCUAUGAUUCGAAGAGAAUAUGGUCGAAUCUCUGGAAAGCUGUCAAAUUAUGCGAGACACUUCCGUUUAUGAAGGAAUUGAAAAUUGAUAGUUUUCGGAACUUCGACGAAGCCAAACGCCACAUUUCUUGUUUGCGGGUGAGCUUUUUGCCAGUGUAG